AUGUUUUCAAUCUCUUCUCAUGUGGUUAAAGACAGUAGUGUGAUGAUGCUGUGCAUGAAAUACACAGUUUUUUUUUCUAAAGCGCAGUGUGAAUGUCUGCAUCGAGCCACGUCUGGUCGUGCUCUCGAAUACUGCAGAGCUUCACAAACUUUGCGGUCAUUUCUUCCUUGCUUCCCGUCUCCGCGGUGCUCUGCCCGACGCCGGAAAGCUACCUCGAAUGAAUUUCUCACUUUCCCUUUCAUCUCUGAGUGA